CGGUAGCGAGCGUCAAUGGCGAUCUCUCGUCCUCCUAAGAACGUGCAUGCGUUGCGGGAGGCCGGGCAGCGGCAGCCGCAGAACGAAAGGCCAACGGCAGAGUGGAGAGACCGACUCGUCGCAAUCAACCCCCGACCACCAGCCGGGCUCCAGGCUCGCUCGCCUGCCUGCCGCCGCGCGCGGAUGCGUGCCUCCAUCAACCCAAAUCGCCUCGGGUAUCGGAUCGUGCCUGCAAGGCAAUCUGGAAGCAGUGGGCCGCGACGUGCCAUGCCCCAUCUGAGCAACCCCAAGUCCACCCCCACCCCGCAGGCCCUUUUGCCCCCAGUUCCAGAUGCGGAGCCCGGGCUACCCAGAGGCAGGAAAAAAUAAUUCUUAUCCCCUCCUGAAAGUGACAGGUUACACGCGCCGCCCACCCAUUGUGUGACGCACGCAGCAAAAACAUCCAAAUCCAUAUUGUGACAGCUGACAAGCCCUCGGAAGCGUGUGCCCUCGAUCCCCGCCGCCCCGGUCCGGUCCUCACAUGAGCCCAUACGUUGAUGUCAGGGAGAGUCGCCCAGGCCAAAACAAAAAUAUGCUUUUCCAUAAACUGCUGUUGACAUACACAAAACAAGCAAGGCGUCGUGAAGAGGACUGGGAACUGCGCGCAUGACGGCCCUCCCCGCCACACCACACCACACCGCGCGCAUCGAAGAGAAAAGAGGAGAGAGAGGAAGAGAAGAGUAGUAGUAAGAAAAAUAGAGCCGUUUGAAAGACAUAAUGAGAUGAUCCCGGAAUUGCUUACGGCGCGCCCGAAUGAGUAAAAUUGCUAAAAAGCACCCGAUUAAGACCUCCGCUCGUUGCCUCGUCCCACACAACCACCC